AUGGAGUCCCCAGAUAACGUCACAAAUUAUGGGAGCGACACAUCAAGCGAAGAACGUAGAACACCAAGUGAACCACUCAGUACCAAAAUCCAUGCGAAGUUCCAGAUAGCUCGACCACCUCCAAAAUCAAGUCAACGGCUUCGUCUCAGCCCGAAACUACUUCUUCAAGUGCAACAAUUGCCCCCGAAUCACAGACCAGUGCCAGUACUGGAAAUAUGGCAGCCACCACUGCGGAAAUCAAAAUUGACAAGAGAAUUUCCGCAACGACCAAAACUCGGCGCGAAAGACAUCUACGCAACGCUCAACGAACCGUAUAUGACCAGCGAUUUAAAGCAACAACAAGGGCACUUGAAAGACAACACUACACAGUCAAGCAGUGAUGGCAACGCCCAAGAAAAAGACAUCGUCGCUGCAAUGUGUAACUCAUCCAACAACGACAAUCCCACCAUGGCAAUUCACUUCCGUCAUACACGAUGCAUCUGGCAGGCCAGUGCUGGCUCGGCAGGAUCCGGUCAGAGCACGUCAUGCUACAGAUUUCUUAUCAAAACUGAGCGACAUACGACCGGCUCCGAGCAGCACCGGAUGAUCAUGCAGUGGGAGAAACGAACUAUAUCUACCAGAGAAAAUGGACAACCGGGGACUCCAGAGAACGAACACUUCGUGCUUGUGGCGAUUGAUCGUAAAGCGCGGCGGAAGAGUCGGAUUGCGACUAUGAAUCGGGGCGGGUUUGAGAUUACUGUACGGAAGAGCUCGGUCUUGGAACAUCUUCGGACUUGCUUGGCGUUGAUGAAUCCUGUUUCUGCUGGAAGCACGGACUCUGUGGAUUUGGAGACUUGGCUAUAUACCCUUGUGUUGACGUUAGGUGUCUCCGUGGCUUCCCAAGAAAGGUGGUUGGGUUGA